UAAAUUUUGUCUAUUUAUGUUUUUUGCCCUAUUUUAAUGCCCCAAAUUCGGAUUCAAGUUUGCAAUUACUGGAAACUUCUUAGGUACGUUUCUCUCCCAAUCUCUUCGACCUACCGCCAAAAUCGAAAGAUUCAAAUGCCUUAAGCAGAGAUCAGCUUCUGAAAGAGUAAAGACGAGUAAUGGAGGCCGAGGAGGAGGAGGAGGUUCUUUCGUCGUCAGAACGUGAUGAUUCGAGCGACGAAUUCCUUUGCGAGCCCGAUGAUGACAUCGAUUUCGAAUCUAAUAGCGGCGAUGAUGACCAGAAUGUAGAAUCUCACGCGGGUACCAGUUCGCCUGAUGAAGAUCGAAAAUCGCAAAAUGUUGAUGCUCUUGUGAGGGGUAAUCUUAUUGUGAAAAGACAAUCCCUACUUCCACGAGUCUAUUCAGUGACAGAUGCAGCAGCCAAUCUCCGAAAGCCAUUCAAACCUCCAAGCUCCAAUGGUUACAGUAGUACCAAUGAGCAUCUAGCCCGUCGUCUUUGUGCUCGUAAAAGGUUUGUGCCAUGGGGGUCAACAAGGCCAGUGUUGCUUGCAAUUACAAACAGGCUGCACGCUCCAGAAGCUGCUGAGAUAGAUGCGGUGGAAGAAAAUGUAGAACUGCCACCUGGUGUUGAAGCUUUGGUGUUGUGGCAGCCUGAAGAAAUUGUGGAGGAAGGCUGUAAUUUAGUACCUAUAAUUGUGGAUCCAUUGCUUGUUAAGUUCCUUCGUCCUCAUCAAAGGGAAGGGGUCCAGUUCAUGUUUGAUUGUGUCUCGGGUGCACUUAGUACCUUCAACAUUAAUGGGUGCAUUUUAGCUGAUGAUAUGGGUUUAGGGAAGACUCUGCAAUCAAUCACUCUACUUUACACUCUUCUUCGCCAGGGAUUUGAUGGAAAACCAAUGGUCAGGAAGGCAAUAGUUGUGACCCCUACCAGUCUCGUUAGUAAUUGGGAGGCCGAAAUCAAUAAGUGGGUUGGAGAAAGAGUUAAGCUUGUUGCUUUAUGUGAAAGCACCAGAGAUGAUGUUGUGUCUGGCAUAGAAAGUUUUAUUAAUUCACUUAGUAAUUUACAGGUCUUAAUUGUUUCCUACGAGACAUUUCGAAUGCAUUCUUCAAAAUUUAGUAAUUCUGGAUCAUGUGACCUUCUCAUAUGUGAUGAGGCUCACAGACUGAAAAAUGAUCAAACGCUGACUAAUCGAGCGUUGGCUGCUUUAGCUUGCAAGCGCCGGGUUCUGCUAUCAGGGACACCAAUGCAAAAUGAUCUAGAAGAGUUUUAUGCUAUGGUUAAUUUCACCAAUCCUGGUAUCUUGGGCGAUGCUGCACACUUUCGGCGUUAUUACGAGGCACCAAUAAUUUGUGGUAGGGAACCCACUGCUGUCGAGGAAGAGAAGAAAUUAGGAUCUGACCGCUCUGCUGAACUGAGUUCCAAAGUUAAUCAGUUUAUUUUGAGGAGGACAAAUGCGUUAUUGUCAAACCACCUACCACCAAAGAUAAUCGAAGUUGUUUGUUGCAAGUUGACACCUCUCCAAUCAGAUCUAUACAAUCAUUUUAUACAUUCGAAAAAUGUGAAACGAGCUAUCACUGAAGAAGCAAAGCAAUCAAAAAUCUUAGCUUAUAUAACAGCUCUGAAGAAGCUUUGCAAUCAUCCGAAGCUGAUAUACGACACAAUACGAAGUGGAAGUCCAGGGACAUCAGGAUUUGAGGACUGCAUCCGCUUUUUCCCUCCAGAAAUGUUUUCUGGAAGGUGUGGCUCAUGGACUGGCGGAUCUGGGUUGUGGGUUGAACUGUCAGGGAAAAUGCAUGUCGUAGCCCGGCUACUGGCUCAACUUCGUCAGAAAACUGAUGAUAGGAUUGUUUUGGUUUCCAACUACACACAGACGCUGGACCUUUUCUCUCAAUUAUGCCGUGAAAGGAGAUAUCCCUUCUUAAGACUUGAUGGAACUACAUCAAUUAGUAAAAGACAGAAGCUAGUUAAUCGUUUCAAUGAUCCAACAAAGGAUGAGUUUGCAUUUCUGUUGAGCAGCAAGGCUGGAGGUUGUGGUCUUAAUUUGAUCGGUGGGAACCGUCUGGUUUUGUUUGAUCCUGACUGGAAUCCAGCCAAUGACAAACAGGCUGCUGCAAGAAUCUGGAGAGAUGGACAAAAGAAGAGGGUCUACAUCUAUAGGUUUUUGAGUACUGGAACUAUUGAAGAAAAGGUCUACCAACGUCAGAUGUCAAAGGAGGGUCUUCAGAAAGUUAUUCAGCAGGAACAAAUAGAUUCUGAUAUCCAGGGAAACUUUCUCUCGGCAGAAGACCUGCGGGACCUGUUCACAUUUCAUGAUAGUGUGAGGUCUGAGAUUCAUGAAAAAAUGAGCUGCAACCGCUGCCAACCAGAUGCAGUGAUGCCAGAUGACAACCCAAUAGCUGAUUUCAACACUCAGGGUCUUCAGCCCGACCAAGAGGAUAUUGGGGGAUUUGCAGGUGUAGCUGGUUGUCUUCAUGCAUUACGAAGCUCGGAGAAACAGAUUGGAGCUCCAAAGGAAGAGGACUUAGCCAGUUGGGGUCAUCAUUUUUCCCCAAAAUCCGUGCCAGAUGUAAUUUUCCAGUCUGCAGCAGGAGACGAGGUUUCUUUUGUUUUCUCUUGCCAAGUGGAUGGGAAGCUUGUGCCUGUUGAAUCAACACUAAAACCAAAACAGGAGGUGGAAAAUAGAGAGUUGUCUCAUUUCAAAGAAAAGCUUUUGAAAAAGUCCAAUUUUUCAUCUCCACGACGAGCACCAUCAUUACCAACAUUGUCAUCAAGCAAGCAAUCCAGCGAGAAGGAAAAUUCAAUUCAGAAACUGAAUUUGAUAUCGCAAGCUCAAGCGCUGUCAACAUCAACAUCAACUCCUAAUGAAAUUUCUCUGAGUACAUUACCUGCAUUUUUCAAACCUUUGCAAAAGCCAAGAAGCAAGCUAUAUAGACCUUUAGAGGAUACUAAAAUAAACUUGAAGAACAAACUCUUUUCCGAGAAUCAUUUGCCCAGAAAGAGAUUAUCUCCUGAUUACAUAAAUGAUGAUGAUUUUGCCUAGAUUUUUGUUCCUUUGCAUUGUUUCCUUCAAAUGUUUCACGUUACCUGGCUACAAUUUAACAAUUUCCGGAGCUAUCAAACCAGUCCUAUGUUUCAAUUAUACCGGGUUCUCAGUAAUGAACCCAAGUAGCUUCUUGUGGAGGCAUUUGAUUGGUGAAAUAUUUACACUGAAGGCAUGGCAAAACAUUUGAUGGUAUGUACCAUUCUUCUGGCUUCAAUUAGGGAACAAUCACAUUAGUUGAUUCUUAUGUUUUGCA